AGCAGGAGGAGGAGGAGAAGGAGGAGGGGGGAGAAGAGGGGGCAUAAUAUAGUCUAUUUGUCCGAUUACGGGACAGGUACCGCCGACGGUUCUCCUGAACUAGCGAACCUGUCAGCGGGGUCAAGCUACCAAAAGCGCCCGAAAUAUAUGGAAGCUAACAUACAUGUCAGCGCUUGUUGUUCGCCAUCGUCACACACCCGCCUGGACGUCACCGAGCAGCGGGGCUUGUUGUGGGGCCAGCUGUCAUCCAGCCACCGAGCCGAGUGGUGCGGGGAGGGUCGUAUUUGGCUCGCCCUGACAGCCGCAGUGUAGUCAGCCCUGCCUCGCGUUAGCUCACUCGGUUGAACCGGUGGAGCUUGGAUUGAGUCCUAGGCUGUUAUCCAUUGUGUUGCCGAGGUGCUCGUCAGGGUGAAGAUAAUGCUCAGACAUGAUGCCCUGUCAGACCCAUGUGUUGCUCAAGUGGCAGGAACACCUCAACAGUUCCUGGGCGGCGGAGGACAGCCUGCAGACGGCCACCAGGCAUGGGGCAGCCACCCUCUACAACAGGCUUCUCCGCAACAAGGAGGUGUUGAGUCUGGCCCAGCCCGUCCAGGAACUCGUUGGCCCUCGGCUGCCCGACUUUGAGUGCGAGUCGUGCGCCGCCGCGGAGAAGGAGGAGUAUCUUUUGUCACUGCUCCAAAGUCAACGAUGGCUGGCUCGCCGCAUGCUGACACAGACCCGCUACACGCAGGGUCUCCACCACAGGCUGGUGACCCUGCAGAGGAUCUUCUACGCUAUUCACACCAAGUACCAUGACAACUUCCGCGCCCAUCUUUCCUCUCAGGCCACAGAGAGCGGUGCGGAUUGCGGGCAUCUUGAGCUGGCCUCCGACCCGUGCCUGCCAGGGGGGUUGCCCAAGAUCAAGUCGGGCACGGAUGUUCUGAUCGAGAUGGGCGUAAGGACGGGUUUGAGCCUGCUCUUCUCACUGCUGCAGCAGAACUGGAGGUACGCAGCCUCCGUCCAUCCCGAGUCGAUGCUGUGCAACGACGUGCUGGCCACCGCCUCCUCCGUGCUGGCGUCACUGCCACCGCUUUCUCUGGCCAAUGAGAGCAAGAUCCCCUCAGUCGGGUUGGACUGCCUGGCACAAGUGGCCGACUUCCUGAAGAAGACGUCGGCAAGUAGUGGAAGCGGCGGCGCCGAUGUGACAGGUCGGAGGCUGGCGUUGGAGCUGCUGCUCGGCCUGGCCAUGCAGAGAGGCUCGCUCAAGUUUCUGCUGGAGUGGGUGGAGGUGGCUUUGGCGGCCUCCGUGUCCUCGCGCACCUCUGCGCCGUCUUCCUCCUCCACACUGAGCACACCGCAAGCAGGUGGUGUGGGAUUCGAUUUCAUCCAUCAAACUCUCCUUCAGAUGAGACAAUUUUCGGGUUUCCGUGGAGACGCCAUCAACAUUCCAGUGCUCCAAAAGGACACGGACGGACUUUGCUGUCUUUCUCAGGCCGCCCUCUGUCUUUUCGAAGAGAUCUGUAACCUGGCAUCCUUCUGCCUGUGCUCCUGCAGCGCCGACGCAGACGCUCCCGGCUCCAGCAGCGAAGCCGUCGUGGUAUAUGUGUGGGGCAGCAACAGCAGUCAUCAGCUGGCAGAAGGAACGCUGGAGAAAAUCUUACUCCCCAAACCCACACAGGGCUUCAGCGACGCUCAAAUGAUCGAGGCCGGCCAGUACUGUACCUUUUCCGUGUCAGCUGAUGGCGCCGUAAAGGCCUGCGGUAAAGGCAGCUACGGCCGCCUGGGUCUGGGUGACUCCAACAACCAGUCCAUGCCCAAAAAACUGGUGCUGGAGCCUCAUAGGAACAUGAAGAAGGUAUCCUCCUCCAAGGGAUCAGACGGUCACACUUUGGCCAUCACCAUGGAGGGAGAGGUGUUCAGCUGGGGUGAUGGAGAAUAUGGGAAACUGGGUCACAGCAACAGUGCUACACAGAAAUACCCCAAAAUCAUCCAAGGACCGCUGUCAGGCAAAGUUGUCGUGUGUGUGUCUGCUGGCUACAGGCACAGUGCUGCCGUGACCAAUGACGGCGAGCUUUACACAUGGGGCGAAGGGGACUUUGGGAGACUUGGCCAUAGUGACAGCCAGAGCCGCAACACGCCCACACUGGUGAAGGACAUCAGCGGCGUGGGGCAGGUGGCGUGCGGCAGCUCGCACACCAUUGCCGUGGCUCAGGACGGACGCACUGUGUGGUCCUUCGGAGGAGGCGACAACGGUAAACUCGGCCACGGCGACACGAACCGAGUAUAUCGGCCAAAGAUCAUAGAAGGCCUGCAUGGGUGCAUCAUCAGGAAAGUGUGCGCUGGCAGUCAGUCAUCUCUCGCGCUCACCUCUGCGGGACAGGUGUUCGCGUGGGGCUGCGGCUCGUGUCUAGGGUGCGGGUCAUCCGAGACUACCUCCCUAAGACCCCGAUUCAUAGAGGAGCUGAGCAUCACCAAGGUCAUCGACAUCUCAUGCGGGGACAGCCACUGUCUGGCACUGUCGCACGAGAACGAAGUUUAUGCCUGGGGCAACAACACCAUGGGCCAGUGUGGGCAAGGCCACACCUCCACGCCCAUUACCAAACCCAAGAAAGUGCUUGGCCUGGAGGGGGUGUCCAUUCAGCAGAUCACGGCAGGAACUUCACACAGCUUGGCUUGGACUGCGGUACCGACUGACAGGCAACUAGUGGCAUGGCACAGGCCAUUCUGUGUGGACCUGGAGGAGAGUACCUUUACUUACCUGCGCGGUUUCCUCGAAAGCUACUGCGAUGGCAUCGGGGAUGACGCACCUCCGGCGCCAUUCUUAUCCAAGCGGGAGCAUCAUCAGUUCAUUUUGCUGUGCAUGAAGCUGCUCUCCAUCCAUCUGUCGUUGGCUCAUGCCGGGGGGACCGGUGCUAUGGUGUUGGGGGCUCAGGGCAGGCCCCUGCGGAAUCUACUCUUCAGACUUAUAGACACCAAGAUACCUGACUCCAUACAGCAGGCGGUCAUGAACACGCUCUCUAUCGGCGCCUCGCUGCUUCUGCCUCCGCUGAGGGAACGGACAGAGCUGCUCCUCUCCCUCCUACCUCAGGGUCCUCAGAGUCUAAAUGUUCUCUCCAAAGGUCAACGCCUGCAGUUGGACAUGGUCCUCAGCAGCCUCCAAGACCAGAGUCACAUGGCAUCCCUGCUAGGUUACAGCAAUUUCGGGGACGUGGCGAACCUCGUGCCACCUCUGACGCCCACCCCAUCUGCCCGACCGCCCUCGUCCUCCUCCUCCUCCGCCUCAUCCGAAGCAUAUGACCCUUUCCAUUUAGCAGAGGUGCUUCUCAGAACCCUUCUGCUCAGUAUUGGCUUUUACACGGAGCGAGCAUUUGGGGAAUUAGAGAAAAACAGUGAUAAGCUACUAUCGAGUGAAAGUCAACGAGAGUCUGAGCCUCCCUCGCACUUUCACCAGCUUCUCUCCGGACUUCACAAACACAUGCUUGCCCAUUGCUACAUUCACUACAGCCCCGAGGAUGACAGCAGUGUCAAAUUACUUGGUGAGCAUCUUCACUUGAUGUUCUCAUGCGCCGGGGAGACGCUGAGGAGAUCAACGAAGCUGUUGAAGGACAGCUUCAUCGACACGCAGAUCAUGAAGAAGCUGCACGUGGUGUUGUACAACUCCAUGGCAGGCAGCCUGCUGUGUCAGGUCAUGUAUUCGCUUCUGCUGCUGCCCCUCAGCACGGUCCAGCCUCUGCUUGGCCAUUUGCUGGACUUGCUGGAGGACCUAGACAGUUUCAACCAGUUGCUGCCGGAGACGGACAUGCUUGAGCAACAUGAGCUGCAGGCAGAGGACUCGACACUCCCCUCAGAACUUCAGGAGGAAGCGGAGGAGUGCGAUUGGCUUUGGCUGUUGGAUCUGGAGCGCUCUGUCGCACUAGCAGUUGGACGCUGCCUUGGCGGGAUGAUGCAAGGCCUGCCGCCCUCCCCUCAGGAAAGAACCUCAGAGUUCUGGCUAUCCAAUGUGCUCCUCCGCAACGGCCUUGAGAUGGACUAUGAGGAGCUUGACUCGUGCAUGGCAUGGCUGACUGAGGCGGUGCUGUUGGGCGGAACCGAUUCAAGGCUGUCCGAGCUGAGCCUGAACCAGGAAUCUCUGAUGUUACUCGAGGUGGCGCUGGGAUCCACCAGAGGACCCGCUGGGUGCCUACUGCAGAAGAUGGAGGACUACGCUCUUGGCAGAGCAGAGUGGGAGACUGGAGGAUCUUCAUGCGACAGUUUGCUGGAGGCCGUUUGUCGCUGCAGCUUGGCAGCACUUCUGAAGCACACAGGGAUACCAGAUAAAGCCUGCUGGCAGGCCAGAUAUGAGCCCUGCAAGAAGCUGUUAGAUGUCUUUGAAAGCGUCUCUAAAAUCAGAAUGUCGCUGUUGGCCCACAAAAACUCACCAAGGACCUCGCAGGUGCUCGCUGCUGCCAAACAGACCUCUCAGUGUCAGAGUCCUGCGUCAGAGGAGCCAGGAGCUCCUGUUGUGAAAGAACGCGAAAGGUUGUCUGUAGGUCAAUGCAGCCGGGAGGUGCAGGUGCCGCCACCCCCCGAAGCCAACCACAACCAGGACCAUGACAACGCCAUGGAGGAGUCAUUGGGCAGUAAUCGCAUCGAUCUUACAGAAGUCCUGGAGUCCUUCAUGGCAACACGCGAGGCCAUGCAGGUGCAGCAGAACAUGACUGUGUACGAGUCCUUUGGGACCUCCGUGGAGAGCCCGGUCAGCCCCCACAGAGACCUUGAUCCCAGACAGCAGUGGAAGAACCGGAGAGAGUCAGAGGAGGACAGCUUGCCUUUCCCCACCGCCUGCCGUCUACUCGUCUGCCGCUGCCUCUUCCUGCUACUGGGGGUCCACCCUGCCUGGGCAGAACCCAGUGAGAGGGAAGACGGUCAGGCAUCCAACGCUAGCACAAGGACAGCUACACAGUCUUUUGGUCUCAGACAGCAGUCUGACCAAUCAAAGACCUCCUUGGGAUCAUACAAGAAUAAAAUGGAUUUGCCUCUCUGCUCUUUGGACAUCAUGAAAGAUGCUUGGGAUCGACUGCGUCAGUGCAUCAGCCCAACUUCCCCGGCUACGGCCAAUUUGGGCGACAACACCCAGCUGAUCCUGGACCAGGCGCUCCAGUUUGUGUGCGGCAACAUGCUCCAGUUCACAGUGCCCAACCAGGCUUUCCUUGAAGCUGAUCCCAAAGCUAUAGCCCUUGCGAUCCUCCAGCAACAACAGAGGGCUGAGAUGCGCCUGGAGGCCUUCCGUCAGAUGUCAUCUUUCCUUUCCAAGAUGGAGGAGAAGAGCUGUUCUCCGCACUGUCCCACCUUGUUGCAGUCGGUGCAGCUUCAGUUCCUGUCCGGCUGCUUUGCCUUGGGAACGCAAAUCAUGGGCUCCCACACGGGGACUCAUUACGAAAUGCGCCAUUACACGGCUGGCAUCCAUUCAGCUGCUAUUGACAAGCAAAGGGAGUUGCAAUCUGCAGCACAUGCGUUCUACCAGCAAGUGGUGCAUGUCCUCAGACAAAGGGUCCUGCUUGAAAGAAAACAUCCAGGUUCGUGCCAACACCUCCUGCUGGCCACCAUGUUUGCACUGAACUUUAGCUACCAGCCGGUGGACCUGGUGCUAGUGGUCAAGCGCGGCAUCCUGGACCUGCUCUGCAUGCUGACCGACAACAGUUGUGCCCUCAUGAACCAGGGCUGGCUCGCCAUCUCCACGUCAGGAUGUCCACUGCUGAGUGGCGCUGUCAAGCUGGCGUGUACGCGUCUGCUGCAGAUCCUUACAGUCACUUCCAGCUCCUGUGAGGAUCUGCUUCCUCUCGAGAUUUCCCACUCUCUCAUGGAGGUAAUGUGUCAGCAUCUCCAAAACGUACUGCAUGCAUUCCAUCAGCAGCAAGCAGCAGAGAUUGCAAAAGCAGAGACAACAAUAAAGGAGGAGGCGGAGGAGGACGGAUUGAACUUAAAAGCAUCACAAAGCAGCCGAGUGCUUGAAUGUCAGCUUGCCGACUUCUUGGUAUUCCUCAGGCGGGUGUUGUCUUCACGGGUAAUGAAAACACUCUCCUCGUUCAUCAAGUGGGUGGACCCGCUCAUGGCCAUUAUUUCUUCCAAGUGCUCUUUAGGAUCCCCAUGCUUCCAGAAUCUUCGCACUAAGCUCUUGGCCUUUCAUGUUUUGGAACGACUGUUGCCUGCUUGUUCUGAGCCUGAACAUGUUACGAAGAUUGUUAAACUCCUCUUUCAGCUGAUGUCUGUUUACAUGUGGGAGGAGCCCCUAGCUGACGUGACACAUAAGGAUACGACUCGAAAGGAUUCCGAGAAUUCCGGCAGCAUUGACGAAUGUAUUCCCAUCGGAGAUUUUUCGUUUGACCCGCAUAAGAUAACAUGCUGCUCCCUGGAGAGCGGGAACAUCCUCUCUCACGGCACUGGUGGAAAAGGUUAUGGCCUGGCGACAACCGCCAUCACCUCCGGAUGUUUCAUUUGGAAGUUCCACAUCGCCAAAGAACACCGAGGCAAUGAGGGCACAUGCGUGGGCGUGUCACGCUGGCCUGUCCACGAUUUCAACCACCACACCACCACUGACAUGUGGUUGUAUCGCGCCUACAGUGGCAAUCUGUACCAUGGCGGCGAGCUGGUCCGGACGCUGCCGUCAUUCACCCAGGGCGACACCAUCACCUGCAUCCUGGACAUGGAGGCUCACAGUGUGUCGUUCGCUAAAAACGACAAGGAGCCAAAGUUGGCGUUUGAAGGCGUGGUUGCCUCCGAGCUGUACCCUUGUGUGUUAUUCUACAGCAGCAAUCCAGGAGAGAAGGUGACGCUGGGGGACCUUCAGAUGCGAGGCAUGCCCAGUAACUUGUUACCUGGCGAGCCGCUGUGCAGCCCGCAGAGCACUGCCCUUGUUGAGUGCACGGUCCAGCUCCUGCGCCGACUCCAUCAGUGCGAUCAGUGGACGCCGCACAUCAACCAGUACAUCCAUGCCAACUUGGAGCUCAUUGGACCCAUGCUGAAGGAGGACCACUUGGGACGCUUCGCCCCAGCACUUGCAUCUGCUGGCCUCGAUCCAACAUUCGAGCAAAAUGACAGUGACAAAGAUCCAUCCGAAGACCCUCAUCAAAGCCUCUUAUCUGAGUCCAAGCUGGUUGCCUUGUGCAACGAAGUAUGGCCCGUACUGGCGUUGAUCGGAGGCGUGGAUGGUGGUCUCCGAGCUGGAGGUUUGUGUCUACACAAGCCCAGCGGGCGCAGAGCCGUCCUGCUGGGGGUCCCAAAAGAGAGGAGCUCUCUGGCCAAACUGCAAUGGGAGGAGGCCGACCUCUCGAUCAGCGACACGCCCAUCACCUCCCUUGAGGCCUGCGACACGACCUGCUGUGAUGUGGCACGACUGGGAGGCCUCAAACCGACGGUGCUGCUGGAUUUGAUUUACCUGAUGGGGUUGCUGGAGGAGCGCGGCUGGCUCGGGACUCGUGCGGCAGCCGUUGGGAAAUUGUCACAGGAGAGCCUGGCAGAGGGCGAGCUGCAGUACUGCCAGGAUGAGGCAGACGAUCUCAAAUGCUUUGCAGAAGAGGACUGGAAGAAGGUUGAAGACGAUGGGAAGGCGCUGCAAAUGUCUCAAACCAAAAUAAACACCUUUGCCUUGGAGCUCAGAGCCGUUCGAGUCUCCUACCUUCUCACCGGCGCCUUAAAAUCCCUCGCUGUCAUUUUCAGCUGCGAGAAGUUGUCACAUUUGCUCUCCGGGCCCAAGCCGAAUUCCACCUUGUCGAGUCCCAGCUCUGACCAGGAUAAAGACGAGGGGCGUGGUGGCAGGCAAUGGGACGAGAGUGCCGAGCUGAGGUCCGUGCUGCAGUACGUGGUGCAGAGCAUGGUCAAGUGGGCGGUCCGACCCUGUCCCAUAAAGCAGAGAGUCUCUCUGGCAGACCUGGAAAGAGCUCAAGUCAUGAUCUACAAAGGCGCACUGAGUCGACUACAGGAUAGAGAACGCAAAGAAUCAGGCCACCAUUUCACUUCCCAGCCCAUUUCCAAGUCCUCCAGCUCCGUCUCCUUGUACAGUGUCGGAUCGGAAGGCACAGCCAUUUUCGGCCAGUCCAACCGAGCCUCCGCGUCGUCAUCUAACACAGAGCUGGCCUCGUCGCUCCCGACCAACAUGCAGGCGGAUGGUCUUGAUCAAUUUAACCCUUUUUUACCCAUAAGCCUCCUUCAACACAUGGUGCUAACUCGCUUCCCCACGCUGACCGGACUGGUUAGCACCCCGCCUGUGGUGCAUCCCUGCUUCAGCCUGGCCAGUUCGGCCUCGUGCGAUGCCUUCACAGAGCAGCAGACCAGCUUUAUGGAACCCGGUCCGUGCAACACGCAGGCGCGAAGCAGCCUGGAGCGGACACAAAUGUUUGUCACCAGCCGCUUGCUCGAAAUGGGAUUCACUAUGAGACAUAUCUACUGCGCCAUGGAGGCAGCAGAUGUAACGGGUGAGCUGGACUCUCGGACCAUUGAGGUGCUAGCCAGCUGGAUGCUGGAGCACCCCCAAACGGAUGAGCAGCAGACCACCGAGUUACUCAGACAUGAGGGUGAGCCUGACACUCCAUCCUCUGACGGGCCUGAAACAGUGCAGUGCCCCGAACGCCCGGCGAGUCAACCCACUGAGAGCUUGCUUCCCGGUUUGGACUGGAUAGAGCGAGAGAACUUUUUAGAUGUCCACCUGACAAGGAACAGACCUCCUCCAGCAAGGCGGCGGCGUUCAGGCCCAACUCAGAGGACGUCUUUUCAGAGGGCAGGAAUUCCAGUCUCUUCAGAUUUGCCGUCACCGAACCCCAUCCCACAGCUGUACCAACAGAAUGCAAGCGAUUGGCCCGAAUACGUGGAGUUUCACCCCUUUUCCACGGAGGAGUCCGAGCUGGGCUACAUGGAUGACGUGUAUCACGAGGAGACCUACGAAGAAGACCUGCUCACCCCUUUCUUCAGCCUGGAGAGAGAUACUCUGCACAUAGUGGAGAGCGGCGAAGAACACAAUCCGAUGGUGAAGUGCGAGCUGUGCAACACUCUCACCUUGCAGUUCAACAACCACAUCAAGCGCCGUCAUCCCGGCUGCGGCCAGAGCGCCGCACGCAAGGGCUAUGACAGCACCGGCGCCUACGUGGACGUCUGGUUCAAAGGGGAGUGCGGCUCCAACUUCCCCUUCUACCUCCUUUGCACUUCCUGCAGGGAAAAGUACCUCGCCGCCAGCGCCAGCGAUCCGAGUUGCAGGAGUGAAAGGAAAAAAGGCCUGACGAGUGAUCUGAUUGGCCGCUUGGACAGCACCUCUGAUGACGACUGGGAAAUUAACCAUCAUGAUGAGAGUGAUGAAGACAGACUGACAGGACUGGAGGACUUUGGGCUUCUGCUGAGACCGCUCGGCCUGACUGAAAAGAAGCUGGUGCCGGACCCCAUUGCUUUCACUGAGCCCGAUCCACUGGGGGCUACGGUUUAUAGCUCAGCGGACCCCCUGAGGGAUGAUCCCAAAGGAGACGCUUUGGUGGGAAAGAAAAGCUCCUUGAGUCUCGGGCAGCAGGCCAUAUCACUAAGGGACUCUUACGACCGACUGAAAGCGCUUAGGAGAGUGACUUCCACAGCGCAGAUCUUGCUUGCGUACAGCAUGGUGAUGCGAGCCCUUUCUCAGACCGCUUGCAGUCCGUCCAGUGGACUGGACUCCUUGGGUCUGGCAGACAUCCGCACCCUUGUGCGUCUGAUGACGCUUGCCGCGGCGGGCAGGGCGAACACGUGCGCGGACAGGCAGUCUGGCGGCAUGGGGCCAACCUCCGAACGCGGCAACUCCGGCUGCCUUAGCUUCCUGACGGCAGCUAUAGGCACUGUCGUGUCCCACAGCCCCGCCGCUUAUAGACAGCUGGUGGAAAUAUGCACUCAGGAUCUGAUGGCAGCGGCUACAGGAGUGCAUAUUUCCAGUAGUGAUGUGCAGCAGCGACCGUGCCUCACAGUCAGUUUGUUGUCGACUGUGACCCAGCAGCAGAAGCAGCAGCAGCAGCAGCAGGUGAGGGACUGCAGCGAGCACCCGGCAUCCUUUCUGGUCACGCAGAGCCUUGUGGCUUUGCUCACACAGAAGGGCGCUCACUGCUCCGGCGCCGACAAGGCUGAACACGAGACUCAUGAUGCAGGACACCAAGGGCUGUCUGCCACCUGCCCCUCCGCCCACCGCGGCACAAGAGUGGGUCCUCUCGAGCUGGCCAACGCUCUGGCAGCGUGCGUCCUGUCUGCCAUGCUGAGCAGCCAACACCGCCAGUGGGCGACGCUGCGACUGGUGCAGGCUUUGGCUGCAACCGGGCGAGACGGACCCGCAAGAGCCCAGACCUACAGCGAUCUCGUUGGCGAUCUACGCAAAUGUCCCGUUAGGAGGCUGGAAGGACACUAUAAUAAGGUGGCCACUUGUUUGUGGAACAAUGAGCAGAGUCUGCUGGCUACUUGCUCCCAGGAUAAAGUGGUGCAGCUGUGGAGCAUCAGUGAGAACAAUGCCCAGUUGCAUACCACCUUCUCCUGCAUCACCAGUAAAACAGACAGAACGAGUUCAGAGCGGGCAGGCAGAUGUCAUCACGUGUCAUCGCCCGUGUACUGGAGCACAGGCGGAGACUUCCUGGCAGCCCCAGAGAACAAACACAUCACCAUCAUGAACAUCAGAGGCUCUCACUGUCACACGGAGGCUCAGGCAUCUCGGGUCACGGCGCUGUGUUGGGCCGCAGCAUUUAGCUUAUGGCUUCUCGAUCAGCCCGAAGCUUACAAAGUCCGACCCACCGAGAGCUUGCUGGUGGGUCGGCUGGACGGCUCUGUCUGCUGGCUGCGUGUCACCAUGCAGGAGCUCGACUUGCUUGUGAAGACCACAGAGCUCACCCACUGCUACAGGAUGGAGGCUCCGCAGUGUGUGGCCUGGCACAGUGAAGAAAAGCCUUUUGCAGUAGGAUACCAAAGUGGAAAAGUUCUUUUGGCGACUACUGAGACCUACGAGAAUGAGCCAUUGGUGUUGUUGUCCAUCUACCAGGACGGUGUGACUUCCCUCAAGUGGGAUCCGACGGGGCAUCUGCUGCUCUGUCUAGGAAGAUCCGAGGUGCUGAAGAUCCUGGGACGCUCGGGGGGCGCCUGGGUGGCCUUCCACUCCCUUGCGCAUUCCAGCAUGGUCAACGUGGCUGAGUGGUGCCCCCUCGCCGGCCGAGCCCCGGACCCCAUGCUCAUGAUCGCGGCAGGUUGUCAGAAUGGCUCUGUGCAUGUGUGGACGUUGCCACAAGGGGGUGCUGCUGUGCCUCUGCCAGCCACGCUGAACAGAUCUUCGAUUGAGCAUAGAAGUGCCAACGUCAUGGAGAGUGCAAAGUGUGUGUUUGUCCUCCUCGGUCACAUCACAGCGGUGAAGUCGCUCUCGUUUUGCUCCAGUGGUCUGGCUCUGGUUUCUGGAGGGAUAGGGGGGCUACUCAACAUCUGGUCCUUACAGGAUGGUUCAGUGUUACAGACCGUUACAGGCUUGGGAUCAGUCGUCAGUACAACGUGGAUCCCCAAAAUGGGCGUUGUCGCCUGUUUCGGGAGGUCAAAGGAUGUCUUGUUGAUCUGCUGCACCCCUGACUGGAUCACUCAGAAUCACGUGCUGGCUUCCUGCCGCAUGGUCCUUCGAAGCCAGGGCAUCCUGGGUCUUCAUCGGGCACCUUGUUUCGCAGUACUGCUGGAGAGGCUGCCACUUUUGCUGCAAGAGCAGUAUGCCUACGAGCGGGCCCACGUGGUCGCCGGUGACCAGUUAGUCCACAGUGCCUUCUUGCAGAGCCUGGCCUGCCUCGCUGUCGGUUUAUCCUUAGAGGAGCACCUGUGCCAUUACCCGUGCCCACCUCAUCACGCCAACCCCAAUGACCAAUCUUGCCCGGCCGAAUGGAGCUGGCUGGCCACCUACGCCACGACCGUGCGCAGCGCCGAGGCUAUCGCCAGCGGCAUUGUCUUCCCAGAGUCCUUUGCGGUUCGAGAGUUUGAAGAGGGGGAUGAGGACGAAAUCUCAAAGGCCCUGGACAACAGUAAAUGGAGUUUCAGGAUGGAUGAACAGCUGAUGUCCUGGGCAACCACCCUACCAGAGGACUGGCAACGAGGGGGCAAGAGCGAGGUGUACCUGUGGGGGAGCGGACGCUAUGGACAGCUGGCGGGUAUGGGGACCAACCCCAUGACGCCUACAUUAGCGCCCUCACUGCUUCAGACACAACAGGUGGUGUGCGGUCAGAAUUGUACUUUCCUGGUUCAGUCCAAUGGAACCGUGCUGGCCGUUGGGGAAGGACAGUACGGAAGGCUGGGACAAGGAAAUUCCGAUGAUCUAUAUGUCCCGACUAUUAUCUGCGCUUUUCAAGGUUAUGUGGUGACCCAGCUUGUGACAUCCUGCGGCUCCGACGGACACUCCAUGGCGCUGACCGAGACGGGAGAGGUGUUCAGUUGGGGGGAUGGAGAUUUCGGGAAACUAGGACACGGCAACACCGAGAGGCAGAGGAGACCCAAACAAAUUGAGGCAUUGCAGGGGGAAGACAUCGUUCAGCUCGCGUGCGGUUUCCGGCAUUCGGCUGUGGUGACAUCUGACGGGAAACUGUUUACCUUUGGAAGCGGUGAAUCUGGACGUCUGGGUCAACGGUCAACAUCCAACAAGAUGCUGCCGGAGAGAGUGGCUGCACUGGAGGGUUACCACAUAGGACAGGUGUCAUGUGGACUCAACCACACUCUGGUCUUGUCUGCGGACGGAAUGAUUGUAUGGGCAUUUGGAGAUGGAGAUUACGGAAAAUUGGGGACUGGUUCCUCAACGGCAAAAUAUUACCCUCAGAAAGUGGAGCAGCUGUGUAAUAAAGGAGUGAAGAAGGUCAGCUGUGGAACUCAAUUCUCUGUUGCCUUGGCUUGCGAUGGACAUGUGUACACAUUUGGACAAGAGCGUCUGAUUGGCCUGCCGGACUCCAUGCUCAAGAACAAGUCAUGUCCUCAGGUGGUUCCGGCCCUCGACGGACACUUCAUAGAGGACGUGGCCCUGGGCUGUGAGCACGUCCUCGCCCUGUCCUCUACCGGGGACGUCUAUGCCUGGGGCUGCAAUAGUGACGGACAGCUUGGUCUGGGACAUUCCAACCUGGUGAAGGAGCCCACGCUGGUGACAUCCCUGCAGGGGAAGAACAUCCGACAGAUCUCCGCGGGCCGCUGCCACAGCUCGGCCUGGACGACGCCCUCUGCGUCCAUUAAAACCUCAGGUGGUUCUGGAAGUUUCCAGCUAGGUCUUCCGCAGUGUGUCCCUCCCCAGUACAACACAUUGAAAGGCUGCAGCCCUCAUCUGCUCAGCAUGCGCCUCCGAGUGCUCCACCACUUCUCUGAUCUUGUGUACAAGUCGUGGCGGCUGCUGAACCUGGAUGCCAAGAAUAUGGUUUCUACUUCGAGGUAUAGUUUGGGGACGACAGCGAUUGUCCGUGGUGUC